AUGAACGAAAUCCUGAAAAAAUACCUAAACUUCAUCGUUUGUUUAUUACUAUCUGAAUUUUCCGUCGCACUUCAUCUCACAGCGAUAGCGGUACCGACAAUUGCCGACGUUCGAGAUUCCAUUUCGAUUUCGUGUAGUUACAACUUGGGCAGCGAUAAACUCCAUUCCGUCAAGUGGUACAAGGAUGACAGGGAAUUUUUUCGAUACGCUCCAAACAUGGAACACGAACAAAGCAUCAUGACAUUUCCCGUGAAUGGCGUUCACCUGACAAAGGAGCCAUACGAUCCCUAUGAUUGCGGCAAAACAAAGUGUCGCGUUACAUUAGACAACUUGAGUGUGCGUUCGAGUGGCGCAUACAAAUGCGAAGUAUCGGGCGAUGCACCUGCUUUUCCGCUCGUCUAUGAGGCGUCAAAUAUGACGGUAAUAGCGCUGCCGAGACAAGAUCCCGUGAUUAGCGGUUUGGGGUAUCGAUACGAGAUAGGAGAGUUUGUGGUAGCAAAUUGUACAUCGGAUAUCUCAUUUCCGCCGGCGGUUGUUAAUUGGUACAUUAAUGACAUGAAGGUUCCCAACGACUGGGUGCAAGCGCAACGCGAACAAAUCACCGAAACUGACGGCUUUCGUCUCUAUUCGCGCAGCGUCGAGCUCCGCUUCAGACUUUACAAGAACAUCUUCGGCGAAAAUAAUUCGCGCGUGAAAUUAAAAUGUGUCGCGCACAUUCGCGAAGUGCCGAAAGCAAUAAAAGAAUCCGUGGCGACGAUUCACGUGCCAUCGAUGGAUGAGCUGACGAACCAGAAGUUGAUUACGUGGCGUUCGGGCGGAGCAGCUUCAUCAAAAAGUAACAACCCGAUCGUUACAUUCCUGUUCCUCAUAUUAUCAAUUUUUCUAUCAUCAUCAUCGUUACUAAUAUCAAGGCAAUCUCUUCUAAGAACCUCAAAUCUAUGA